GGUGAAAAGGUCGUCGCUGACGCGAUCGGUCGUCGACCUUGGGAGGACGAUCAGUUUGGUAUCCGUUGGAACAAUCGGUGGUUCUGUGUAUAAACUCGGUUCAUCAUCAUCAUCAUCAUCAUGUGUAGCAACGAGAGCCCGCCGCCAGCGAAGGAAUCCUUGGCCGUCGGUCUGGGUAAUCAUAUGGCCAACUUUAUCCCUAGUCUCGAGCACUAUCGGCUUCACCUGUACCACUAUCACGCGAUGGCGGAACGACUGCGACUGGUGGGUUUCAACUCGCAACAUCCCGGUGUGGCGACUGCACACCCGGCGUCAGGCACGUCAGCGGCCCAUCUGGGUUUGGGUCCGGGUUUUCCGGCGCCCAUGCCGCUGUAUCCAGCCGCAGCGGCCGGCUAUCCCGGUCGACUGGCCCUGUCCAUGGCGCUGUUGCAUCCGCAUCAUCAGCGAAUACCCGAAGAACCAAAACCCCAGCACAGUUACAUCGGCCUGAUCGCGAUGGCGAUCCUGUCGUCCCCGGAGAAGAAACUCGUGCUCUCCGAUAUCUAUCAGCACAUCCUCGAGCAUUAUCCCUACUUCCGCACUCGCGGACCCGGCUGGCGCAACUCGAUCCGGCACAAUCUCUCGCUCAACGACUGCUUCGUCAAGUCCGGCAGAAGCGCCAACGGCAAGGGUCACUAUUGGGCUAUACACCCGGCGAAUUUGGAAGACUUUCGACGUGGCGAUUUCCGCCGACGCAAGGCUCAGCGCAAAGUGCGCCGGCACAUGGGUCUGGCAGUGGACGAGGAACCAGAUAGUCCCAGUCCACCACCUUUGCCAGCUACUCCACCACCCCCAACAGCCCUUGGUCCCACAACGGUGGCCUCGCAACAGAUAUCCGCGAUAUGGCCGCAUCAUCAUCACCAUCCGCAGCAACAGCAGCAGCAUCAGCAACAGCAGAACUCCUUUCAGACCCAGUCCCUUCGACAGUCGUCCUUUCAGCCGAGGAAGCGGCAGUUCGACGUGGCGUCUCUGCUGGCGCCGGACGAUCAGCACCAGAUCGAGGCCGACGUUCUCAAAUCGAUCAAGUCGCGCAAGUUCAGUUGCAGCGAGGACGAGCUGCAGGAGGCCGAUCAGGACGACGAGGACGUCGACGUCGACGUGGUGGCCGACGCGAACGCCUUGGUACCGUUGCCCGGAACGUCGCCCUCGACCAGCCCGGAUGUGCCCAAGGUCGCGUCGCCGACCGCUCAUUGGAACAGUCAGAGUGUACAGAGCGGCGGCGGCCAGCAGCAGCAGCAGCAGCAGCAACAACUGCACCUUCACAAUCAUCUGCACGUCAGCAGAAACUACUACAUCCCGGCUAACUCGACCGGCGGCUCCAGCGUCUAAUGGCGAGAGCUUGGAAGAAGCCGGGCGAUCCGCGCGGCAGGUAGCUGCUCGUGUUUCAAGUGCAUCCACGAUAUUCUGAGUCUUCUAUAUACUUUCCACGUGGUUUCGAGAGCUCUGAAUGUAUGCGUAUCCCACUCUCCCAUUAUUCUCCUCGGCAAAUUUAUCUAGGCGAGAUUCCUCGAGAUACACUUAUUCGGUUUUCGAACGAAGGAGCUUCUUCUCUAAACUUCGGUCAAAAAAUGUCACUAAUAACGAGGAUGUUUUCAUUACUUUGAAGUGCAAAAUUUAAUUGUAAAGGGAUAUAAUAUUAAAGGAUUGCUUCAUAAUUGAAAUUACCUUGUUCAAUAAAAAAAUGAAGAAUAGAACUUAAUUAAGUGAUGGUUUUCCUUGACAUUAAUUUGAUUAAAGAAUAUGUCAUCACAAAAAAUGCGACAAGUGGGAUACACUGCAAAAGUUUGAAAAUGAUACCUACAGGCUCAAAAGACGCGUAAUUAAACUCUAGAGAGGACGGUUGAAGCUUGAACAAAUUUUAACAGUCUUAUAAUUGUCCAGCAUAAAUAACGUGCAUUUAGCUCAUUGUAAAAAAAGCAAUAUAUAAUUGAAUUAGUAUACU